AUGAAGUUUAGCAUUCCUGGAUUUUGGUACUUGGCUGAUGAUUCUGACAUUGAUUCCGCUGAACUAGACGACGAGGAGACGAUCGCAAAAGAGGAAGAACUGGCAGCUCGUGAAGAGGCAUUGGCUUCUCAGAGUAAUGAUUGCAAGAUAUCUGAUCAGUCAGAGAGCAGGGCAGAAAUUGAGCAACUUGCUUUGGAGGCGAUGCAGCCGAUCGAGGAUCUCAUCCCUCCUGGAUACCUAGAGGCCCUGACUGCUGAGGGUGGCGGAAGCAGUGGUCUUGGCUCACUUGAAGAAUCUACUCCGGUAUCUCUAGUAUCUCUUUCACCAUCAGGGGAGGAUCGACCAACCCCAUGUAGCGAUUUUGCUCCUAGCCAGAGUUUGGAUAAGCCGGCAGUUUCACCCAUGUUAACCCACCUCGCAAAGCAGCCUCAAGAUCAAAUUCCACAGCAGAUAUACUCUGACACACCUAAUCAAGAUACCAAGAAUGAGGAACCUGUGGUUCCCACUCUGGUCAACUCAUCUGAGCAAGUAAGUCUUCAAUCCACUAUCUACUCUGUCAAUUGUUGCUUAAACGGCCCUUCUACAACUUAUUCAGCUUGA